CAUGAAAUAAGAGUCUGAAAAUUUUUUGAUUCAAUUAUAAUUUUAGUAUUGAAAAAUCUCUCAAAGAGAUAUUUUGUAUUUGAAAAAUGAUUUUCAAGCAACGAAAUUUAUUUUUCGUUAUAGUUUUAAUUCACCUAAGUGGUAAAUAUUUUAAGCUUACACAGGCAAACUCUAUAUUUCGCUUUGGUUUUGAUUUUGGUUUGAAUUUAAAUGAAAAUUCAUUUAAAACUUCAUUCAAAAUUGGAGAUAGUGAAGAGAGUAAGGAAAUAACUACAACUAAAGAUAGCUCCUACUUUACGGAAUCGCCUGCUACUGCAGUUUCACCCAUUUUAACAGACAUUUGGUCUAAACAGGCACAACUAAAUGCCACUGCCCAUGAUAAACUACAAGCGACUCGUGUUGCUGUAACACAGUUGAAAAAUGAAAUUUUAGUUGUGGUGGGUCGCAGUGAUUUCAUAGCGGCGAAAGUCAAACUAAUGACGCGUUAUUUAAACAAAGUAAAUACAGUUUUAGCAAAUAACACAGCUGAUACCUCUAGUACAGCAACUGCUGCUGCGAAUAAUGAUAAUGGUCCUGUUGCAGUUGUCGGUGGUCGCGACAACGAUGCAGCUGCAAAUCGUUUUCUAAUUUUGCAAGAUUAUGUGCAGUUGGUUGAUGAUUUACGUGCGCCGCCUACUAGCGCAGAAGGUGGAGAACGUUCAUUGGAUUAUAUGGUUAUGAAAUUGGGUUUGGAAAAGCAUAAAUUAAUUGAAUUGCAAACGCAAAUUUUACUGGAAGUGCUGCAGGCUAUGGAAACGUGGCAAACGUAUGUAAAGAAACAACUAGUCGAUGUUGUUACAGUCUAGUUUGAAAGUUAAAUUUAAAUUUUCUGUUAUCACAAAAUUGUAUUGUUGGCUUGUCUUAAGAAAAUUAAAUAAAUAUUUAUAGAUAUUUUUAUAAAUUCAUGAUAACGUAAACUCGA